AUGCACCUGAGCAUUCGUUUAGUGUUGCAUGAGGAGUGCUUGGCUUGUCCAGUUCAGAUAGGUGAUUGGAUCAUGCCGGCAAAUUUGUUGGUGCUAAACUCAAUGUGGGGCUUCGAUGUAAUCUUAGGGAUCGAUUGGCUCACCAAGUAUUAUGCGAUUAUCGAUUGUGAAAGUAAGGUGAUCACAUUUCGUGAGCCUAUUCAAGAGGAGAUGGUAUAUCGUGCAUGCAAAAGCUUGCGCUUCGCGGCGACCGUGUCGGCGGCAAGGGCGAGGAAAAUGAAGGAAAAAUUCCUAAACCCCAAAUCCCUAAAAAGCCUCUGUCUCUCCCACCGCCCCUCAAAGGAUCUUCCAGCGCCCGCCGCACGCGGCUACUUUGGCGAGCUCGGCGAGGGAGGCGGAGGGCUCGGGGCGGGCGGAGGCUUCUUUGGCAACCUAGAAUCCAUCUCCCACAGCUGCGAAGAGAGACGACGCGGCGGAGAGAGACGACGCGGCGGGGGUGGCGGGAGCGGAGGUUCGCAGCAAGCUUGGUAUGGCUCCGUGAGCACUAGCACAAGCACACCCGAGUCACCUCAGUUCCAAUUCCAUGUCCGUGAUAUCCCCGCAUGGCUGCGCGAAGCCGCCACGUUCCUCACCCCCGCCCUCCUCGAUCUCAUGUUUAACUCCCUCUCUGGCCCCAUUCCCUCCGCCUUCGCCAUCGCUCGCCGGAAUAUUCCCCUCAUCAUCGUCGGCUACUGCAGCUUUCAUUGCGGCUCAUUGUGUUCAGAUUACCAGAAAACGUGGGCUUCCAUUUCAGACCUGAGCAAGAUGAUGUUGCCGAUCGUUAGCGUUCUCUGCACAUAUAAUUUUCGCCAUCCUCGUCGUCUUGCCAUGAUAGAUUCUAAAUAGCAAGCCUGGAUGUGGUGUUGCAUUCGUAAGGACUUAUAUCAUAGGGAGCAUAGUUGAGAAAACAUUCCAAGCUGGAACUAAGGUAAAUACAUAGAUAAAUUAUAUCUUUAAGGCUCUUGAAAUUCGCAUUCUUUAGCACUGGGUAUAUAUUUGCUCAUUGAUUGUAUCAUGGUAGGUGGCAUAUCGAAGAAACAGAGCAUUAUAUAAUGAUAUUGCUCAUCAAUAUCUAUUUUCUAAGACUUCAAAUGCAUUAUGUUUUAAUAUAUUUUUCAUAAUUUAUAACUUAUUCAAGGGAUAAAUAUAUGACAUUCGUUGAAUUUUCACGCCUUUGUGAAUAAGUCUCUAAAAUCGAUGUUUUGAUGUUGAUCCUUUUAACUUGUAUAAAGUGGAUUAUUCAUAAUUGCUUAUCUAAGGAGGAAUAUGUUUGCAUAUCCUAGAUAUUUUUCUUCUUCUUAAUUUGUUGUAACUUGAAACCAAUGUCUCUGCAAAUAUUAUACAUAUUUUCGAGAAU